GCACUCUUUAGGGAGUCUAUGUAGGGAGCACGGAUGCAUUUGGUAGACGAGCUCUCGCAUCCAUCAGCUGCAGCGCUCAGAUGAACCGGAGAGCAGAGACGGCGGAUGGAGUAACAUCUCAGAAUCUCUAUUCCCCUUCAUUUUACUUUUAUUCUGGCAUCACCGUUUCCGGAUCGUGGACCUCGUAUGGAAGUUGGGAUGGAUAUUUUUAAUCAUUGUCUUUUUUUUUUUGUUUUUUUGGAGGGUUGUCAUUGUGUCGCAGGAGCGCCGUGUGACAGGCCGAUAGAGAUGUAGGAGGACACACUCACACACGCCGUUACAUCAAACCGGCCUCCAAACAUGUCUACCAGGAUGCCUUUACCCACCGUGAACGAACGAGAGACUGAAAAUCACACAUCCCUGGAUGGCUUUUCUACCAAACUGCCGAGCCGCCAGAACCUGCCUCGCUGCAGGAACUCGCUGAGCUCCAACUUGGACGAGCAGCCGCACAUCGGCAACUACCGCCUACUCAAGACCAUCGGCAAAGGGAACUUCGCCAAGGUCAAACUGGCGCGGCAUGUGCUCACCGGACGGGAGGUGGCUGUCAAAAUAAUCGACAAAACCCAGCUGAACCCCACAAGUCUGCAGAAGCUUUUUAGGGAAGUCCGAAUAAUGAAGAUUGUGAAUCAUCCAAACAUAGUGAAGUUGUUUGAAGUAAUUGAGACUGAGAAGACACUUUACUUAAUAAUGGAAUACGCCAGUGGAGGUGAGGUGUUUGAUUAUUUGGUGGCUCACGGACGGAUGAAAGAGAAGGAAGCCAGGGCGAAGUUUCGUCAGAUUGUAUCUGCAGUGCAGUACUGCCAUCAGAAGAGAAUAGUACAUAGAGAUCUCAAGGCUGAAAACUUAUUGCUGGAUGCCGACAUGAAUAUCAAGAUCGCCGACUUUGGCUUCAGCAACGAGUUCACUGUGGGAAACAAGCUGGACACGUUCUGCGGCAGCCCUCCCUACGCCGCGCCUGAACUCUUCCAGGGAAAAAAAUAUGACGGGCCCGAAGUCGACGUCUGGAGUCUUGGGGUCAUCCUGUAUACGCUUGUCAGCGGAUCACUACCUUUCGACGGUCAAAAUCUCAAGGAGUUGAGAGAGAGAGUUUUAAGAGGAAAGUACCGCAUCCCCUUCUACAUGUCUACAGACUGUGAAAACUUGCUUAAAAGGCUAUUAGUGCUGAACCCCACCAAACGGGGCAGUUUAGAGCAAAUCAUGAAGGAUAAAUGGAUGAACGUGGGCCAUGACGAUGAGGAGCUGCAACCUUAUACUGAACCAGAGCCUGUAUUCAAUGACAGUAAAAGGAUCGAGCUGAUGGUGACUAUGGGAUUCCCAAAAGAUGAAAUUACGGAUGCUCUCAAGGGACAAAAAUACGAUGAAGUCAUGGCGACUUAUCUAUUAUUGGGGAGGAAACCUCCAGAGAUUGAUGGCAUAGAGUCUGUGCCCAUCAGUAAUUUGUCUCCCAGGCCCCGUCCUACCAGUGACAUCAAUACCAGCACUAGCCAAUCCCCUUCCCACACCAAGGUCCAACGCAGUAUAUCGGCCAAUCAGAAGCAGCAGAGACGGUUCAGUGAUCACGUGGGUCCCUCAGUCCCGCCUGUAGUGUCGUACACAAAGCGCAGCUGUCUAGAGAGCGAACAGAAGGAGGAGUGUGAGAACUCACGCAAGCUGCUGAGCUCCAACUCAAAAGGAGACGUACCAGCGUCUCCUCUGGCCGCCCUGGAGAGGAAAAAAUCUGCUACAUCAGCUGGAACUAAUGGAGGCUUGGCACGCAGGAACACAUACGUGUGUGAGCGGUCAGCUGACCGUUCCUCCACCAUCCCCAAUGGCAAAGACAGCAGCUUAACAGAGGUCUCGGGCAGCACUACGUCAGCCUCCGGUGCCACUUCGGUUCUGAUGCCUACAAGACAGAGAUACUUGAAAUCCGUGUCUUCCUCAGGCGCUUCGUCCAAAACCACGCUGCCACCUAUAGAAGACAACAGCGAAUACAAGGGAAGUCCAAGUACCAGGCCUCCGUCCACCUCGCCCUCCGAUCACAGCAUCAGCACUCCAGAACGCACGCAUUUCCCCAGAGGGACGUCCAGCCGGAGCACCUUUCACGGAGCGCAGCUACACGAGCGUCGCAGUGCCACCUACAACGGCCCACCUGCCUCGCCCACCCUCUGCCAUGACACAGGCGCCCUAGCACCAGCACGCCGGGGCACAUCCACCGGCAUCAUCAGCAAAAUUACCUCCAAGUUUGCACGCAGGGUUCCAAGUGAAGGGGAGGCAAGUGGAAAGUCAGAGUCGCCAAGGAGCACAUUGGGAGAAUCGAAAGACGAGAGCCGCGACUCGAAGCCCCGCUCCCUGCGCUUCACAUGGAGCAUGAAGACGACGUCUUCCAUGGAGCCAGGUGACAUGAUGCGCGAGAUCCGCAAAGUGCUAGAUGACAACGGCUGCGACUACGAGCAGCGUGAGCGCUUCCUGCUUUUCUGCGUGCACGGCGAUGCUCGCCAUGACAGUUUGGUCCAGUGGGAGAUGGAAGUCUGCAAGCUACCCCGCCUCUCCCUCAACGGGGUGCGCUUCAAGCGCAUUUCAGGCACGUCCAUAGCCUUCAAGAACAUCGCCUGUAAAAUCGCUGACGAGCUCAAGCUCUGACAGGGGCACAGAAGGGAAACACUGUGGCUCAAUGUGGGCCUGCAGCGUAAGUUUGGUUCACAUUUGGCUAGAGCCGAGGUGCUGCCUUAACAGAAUGUCCGGUGCUCAUCCUGUAAGUUUUGCGUUUCCAUUCACUUUUCUCACCUUCUCAUUUGAUGUAGCCCCCAAUCAAUAAUGGGAGUUUAAAGCUGAUAGGAUUAUAUGUGUGCUGGUCUGGGAAAACAUGUUGCUGUGGAUAAAUUUCCAUUAAACGGCCAAAAAAAAAAGACUUUCCACAGACACCAAAAAUAUCUCUUCCUGCAGCGAUAUCGUUAAGGAAAACAGUCACUCUGCCUAAAGAUAUUUAUAACCUUGCUAGCAUGAUGUAAGACGUAUGUAAAUCUCCUGCACGACAGAAUCGAUGACGCCAUCAACAGCAUUUAACCGCUAUAGCUUGUGGUUGUGGAAAAUCCAAAAGAGAAACAUAUUUCACUUCAGGAAAUCCGAUUUGAGAAAUAAAUAUAGUUGGAAAUGAGAAAAUUUCACCAUGUAAAAGGUUCUCCCAGACUGUCACAUAUAUACAGUGCCUUGCAGAAGUAUUCACCCCCUCCUGAACUUUUCCACUUUAUUGUAAUGUUACAACCUUGUAGUGAAAUUAAAUGAAUUGGGAUUUUUAUAACAUCAUAGUCUUCAACCAAAAAAACAUUUGUUAGUUGCAUAAGUAUUCACCCCCCCAUCCAUGAGCACCCUGGGGCAAGGCUUUAUCAGCUUUCUAUAUAUUUAGAUUUUGUGAUUUUUGCCAGGCUUUAUUCAUUUUUUUCUACUCAAUUUUUGGUAAAGAAUCUUGAAUGGAUUGAAUCUGGAUAAUUUUUUCUGCUUUGCUAAGCCAGUCAAACCCAUUCCUUAGUAUAGAACCACUAUAUUAGAACAGCACUGAACAGCAAUUCAGCAGUAUUUUUCUUGGUGGGACUACAAGAUCUAUUGCCCUAAUCUUGAGGCUGAAACAGGUUUUUCCUCAAAGUUUGCCUCUUUGGUGUCAUCAACAUUGCAUUCAACUCUUACCCUGCUAGUUAAAAAGCAUCCACACAAUAUAAUGCAACCACCACCAUGCUUCACUCUCUAUCAAUGGUGUUCUCAGGGUGAUGAGCAGAGUUGAGUACCUGCCAAAGAUUAGGCCAGAAUGGUUCAUUUCUCAGUAGGCCAGAGAACUCUUUUUAUCCACACCCUUGAAAAAUCUAUGUUUUCUCCCCAAUUGUGGAAACCCUGCCAAUGCUGUAAAGAUAAUUUUUUUUUAUUAUUUUAUUGGAAGAAACCAAGGGGGUGUACACUUAUGCAAGGCAGUAUUACACUUUGUUAAUAGUUUUCAGGGCUUUGGUGCAGCAAAUUCUGCAUUUAGCAACUACUAAUAAAGGAGUGGGGCAUAUUAAUAUAAGUGUAGAAAAACAUUUUAGCCGAGAUGUCAAAGACGGUAACUACAAAAAAUAUUUACAUGCUUAUAUUUUGUAUCCUCCCUCUUAAUAGCAUAGCCGAAAAACACCAACAUUGCUAAAUGUCAAUGAAAGCUAAUGGUAACUAGUUAGUUAUGCAAGUUCUACUGUGCUUCUUUUUAGCUCUUAGUUUUUUCCGUCAUCAGGAGGCACAUUGGCAUUUUGCCCCGCAGGUACAUCCUUUAUCCAAUUGUGUUAAGAAUGUGCUACAUGUUUAACAGCCAUUCUGAAACGAUUCCUCUGUUGACCGAGCUACCAAAUAAUAACUAUUGCGGAUUUUCAAAAUGUACAGUUAAGUACGUAGAUAGACACGGCUAUUUAUCAAAGACUGCAUUAUAUGUAUAUGCAUAUGUUGUCCUGCAGGUGUGGUCUGAACAUUUUGAUUGCUGUACAGGAUAACGUUUGGGUACAUUUUUACACUUUUCUUUGUUCUUUUUUUUUAAUGACAUGAAAAAGAAAAGCCAUGGAAGAGUUUAAGGCUGAAAAAAGAAAUAUGGACUUCAUAACAAGGAUUUGUUGCACUAAGUAUUACACUGAGUGGUAAAACACUCUACUUGCACAACCUGUCAACACUGGAGAAUUACUGCGAACUGGAGCAAACACUCGAACCCUAUUGUAAUCGUAUAUACAGUUCUCUUUAUUUUGCUCAUUUCUGCUGCAUAUCUUUCGCUGUUCUUGUAUUUAUUCCACUCACUAUGCCUGCUAUGUGCUGCUUUGUAUUAGAGAGGCAUUUAGUAUUUGAUAAAAAAAAAAAUAAUGAGAAAGGAAUUAUAUUUGUUUUUUUUUUUUUUUUUUUUUUUACUUUUUUGUUUGUUUUACGCCUAUGCAUUGCCACAUGCAAUAGUAUACUUUAUGUCAGAUAUUCAGGUUUGGGAGAGAUAUAAAAAACAAAAAACAGACAAACGUGAGACAUUAACUAGAAUGCGGAAAGAUUGACAUGAAAAUGGAAAAUUUAUCACACGUGAAACGUGUUGGAAUAUUAGCAUAUAGCUAUGGCUUGUUGAGGAUUUGAAAUAGUCCUUGCUUCAAGCCCACACUGGUUCCCCUCAUAUUCUGAAGUGUUAAACAUCCUGGCAUUUGUGUGCGCACGGCUUUUGUUUAGGACCCUCCGAUUCCAUUUCACUAGUGCACAAUAUUAAACUUACCUGAAUUAAA